AUGGAAUUGUUGGCACUUACAUUAUAUAUAUUGGAGGUGGGUAAUGUACGAUGUGAUGUGAUGUUGUCUGUCCGUCUGCUCGUCUAUUUAUUCAUUGUAAGAGUUGUUGCUGUUGUAGUUGUACAACAAAGUGUACCUUUGUUUGUUUGUUGA